UAGAGCGUGCAGUUCUUGGAAGAUCGAUACAGUGACCGGGAGACGUAUGUCCUUUUUUUGGAUCACAGUGUACUUCUAUUUCUGAGUCAGAGCAUUAUUUACUCAUGUUGAUUUGCUUUCACAUUCCUAUUCUUAAUUCGACGAUUGAGCUAUACCUCCAUCGUGAUAGUUCUUAAUUAGCGUCACGUCGCGAACCCACCGCGUCCAACGCCGAAUCCACGAAUUCGAUCCACUGUGUGACGAAACCAACCUCCGAAAGGUUAGAAACAAGAUAACCGAGUGAACUAGGCGAAAUGGCGCCUCGACGCCGCGUAGCAUCCGAGUCCAAUUCCGAGUCCGAGUCCGAGUUAUCAACAGCUCCCUCGGUCACGUCAGACAAUGCACUCGAAAAGGCGCUACGCGAUGCUGUCGCAAAGGUUUACAAAUCGGGGGCUAUGGAGGAACUGACAGUCAAGCGGGUGCGCCUUGCAGCCGAGAAAGAGCUUGGGGUCGAGGAGGGCUUUUUCAAGGCGAGUAGGGAUUGGAAGUCAAAGAGUGAUCAGAUCAUCAAGGAUGAAGUGGAGGUACAAGACAAGCGUGCGCAAGAACCGGAAUCAGAUGAAGAAGAGAAAGAGGAGCCUACUCCUCUCGUGAAGGCCUCUUCUGCUAAGAGGACAAAGCCUAUCAAAGUUGCGACAUCGCGAAAGCGACGGAAAGCGAGCACACCCGAACCUGACGACCAGAGUGAAAGCAGCGCAUCGCUAGACGAUGCAAGUGAGGAGGAAGCGAAAAAGCCCGCUAAAAAGCAAUCGAAAUCACUGCAAGAGAAGAGCCCGAAAGCAAAGCGCUCAAAAGAACAGGUGUCGGAUGACUUAGAUGCUGUAGCAGACGAAAGAGAAGAUGUUACACCACCGAAGGCCGCCGAAGAAUUAAAGGACGAUGGCAAAGAUGACUCAGAAAGCGAGAUGUCAGUGGUUCUUGACGAAGAGCCUAAGCCUAUUCGAAAGCGACAAAAAAGCGCCAGUACUGAGGGUGCCGCGCAAAAGCCGAAAAAGAAGACGACCACAUCUAAGGUGAAGGAGGCGGACCUUGACCCUAACCAAAAGAAGGUGAAAGAGUUACAAGACUUGCUGGUAAAAUGUGGGAUCCGAAAACAGUGGUGGCGAGAGCUGGCUCCCUAUGAUACACCGACGGCGAAGAUCGGACACCUUGAGAACAUGCUCCAAGAUGCAGGAAUGACACGACCAUUUAAGGGGCGGGAAGCAGAAAAGAGAGCCAUGAAGAUUAGAGAAAGGCGCGAGCUUCAAGCUGACGUGGUUUCCUGUCAAGAGGAAGUUAAGCUAUACGGUACGGGCAAUGCCGACGAAGAGGGUAGCAGCGGUCGCCCUGGUCGACGUUUAAACCGAGGCCGUCAGUAUCUUGCGUUCCUAGGAGACGACGGCGAGGAGACAGAUUGAUGGGCGGACGGAAUCGUGCAUUUUGUGAAGGAGGAUAUUUGUAGCUCCUGCUCGGAGCAGGUCGUUGCCGUGUAUGAAAAUUGUCCGGAAUUCCCUUCUAAUAUGGAGUAAAGAGUAGCUUUCAAUGUUAUGAUUCAUUUCCCGGUCUUGGUUCCUCCCAUCCGCUGUGCGACUAAGCUGAAGACGGCGACCGAUGAUAUAAAGAGGACGAGGUUAUAGAACUCCGUCCUAGAGUAUUCAUUCUCCUCUACCUCUGUUCUCGCCUCGACGAAUAAGCGUCGGAGAUUUGGAAGGUUUGCCUGGUAGGAACGCUUAAUAAGAUGGGAUUAAAUUGAAUUGAAUAGGAAUCGCAAGGAAUUCUCCUUACCAUGAGACCUGUUGGAGGUUAUGCCAAGGGAGAGAGUUGGCCGUGGUAAUUAAGCUCUGGGGGCGUUAAAUGCUAAAAGAAC